CCCAUUAAAUUAAAAAAAGAGAUAAGUUUGUGGACCUGUUUGGAAAGAAAAUUGAUCAAAUUAGUGUGUAAAAUUCAUUCAUUCAGAACAAAAAUAUGAUCGAGAGAAAUAUAUUGUUCGAUGUUUAUUGUUACUAUUUUUAUUUGACAUAUAUAAUUUCGAAAUCAAAUGAUAAUAAAGACACCUUUUAAAUUUAUUGGCAUGUUUUUUGAAUUGUUAAUUAGUUUACAUACAUAUUUGCAUUUAAUGUCCGGCUUUGUCCUAAAUUUGUCAGUAGCGCUAGGCGUCUACUAAGCCCCUUUUCGGCUGUCUUGCAUUAGUUUAAAAUUUCACGUUUCUGUCUACAUCGUACUUCAAUUAUAUCUUUUUCUUUAAAAAAGAAUGUUCUCAAACCUGCGCUAAAAUUGAAGUAACCGACAACUUCCAACGUCGUUUAUGCUUUUGUCGACUGGUCUAAUCAUUUGCAUUUCAACAUCCCAGAUAAAGCCCAGCCCUAAAGACUGAGACUGUCGCAUUUGCUCAAGAGCUUUCCGCACAAACCGUAACAUCAUAAAGCGCGUUAGUCACACCGCAAACAAAUUUUCUUAUGACCGUGACGAUAGACGCUACCAAAUAUGCAAUUUUGGUUAUUGUUUUUGGUUUAUUGUUUGCCCUGCGAAGCUAUAAGCGGCGUCAAUUUACAAGAAACGGUAGAUAAUUUUCGGGAAAGUUUACAACAACAGAACUUUUAUUCGAUUCUAACCGCGAUAGAAGAGCGCCUGCGGAAUCUGGACAACAUUUACUCCAUCCAACUAGGCCAGACCUUGGAAGACAAAUUGGACCGGUACCAUCAAAAACUAGAAGCGAUAGACGCGAAAGUGUUAAGACUGGAGUCAAUAUUAACUAUGCAAUUGGAUCAAAUAUCGGAGAAUGUUAGUACCAAAAAUUACAAGGAUGACAUCCUCAAGAUGAAUACGUAUAGAAAGAUAGAUUUCCUGUAUGAAGGAUUGAGUCACCGACUUAACCACAUGGACCGGAAGUACGACACAAAUUAUGACAAAUUACAGGAAAAGCUAGAUUCAACCACUGUCCGAUUACAAAGUCUGGAGCAAAAUAUGGUACAGAGAACCGCCGACAUUGAAUCUGAUUUGUCAGAAUUUAUUUCUAUGAUCGACGAUUUUAAACCGGGCACUCGUGAAACACAAAAUACAACCGAGAGCGAACAAAACCCCCUCGAAGAAACUUUUAUUGAGAAACUCCGACAAUUGGAAAACAAAACAGAACACUCCUUCAAUAUGGCGUUAUUAACUAAUGAAUUAAUAACGAGUAGCAAGACAGAGCUUCGAGGUGAUUUUAACGAAUAUGCAAGCAAGGUGGCUGAGAUGGGUUCAGAUCUCUGGCGCAACAAUGACUUGAUGCAAAACAAAUUGAAUAAUAUCCAAAGAGUUGUAAACAGUACACGGAUCGAAAUACAAAAUGGCGUAAGAGAUUUGAUGGUACAGAUAGGGAGAACGUCCACCAAAGCAAAUUUCGACCAACCUUGCUCGGGCACGCAAGAAAAAGAUCUCAAUCAGAGUAUUGAGAAAAUUUUGACAAAUCAAGAUCUUUUUCUGGAAAGCUGCCACAAAGUGCAAAUGGAUGAAUCCCAAAUUGAAUCGGAAAUAAGCGUCAUGCUAGAAAAAGUCGUUGAUAUGUUGGAAAAUAGGAUGGCAGUUUUGUCCAAAGAUAUGAAAAAUGUUGACAAAACUAUAAAAAAUCAAGAUUUAAAAAUAAACAGAAACAUCCACCAGAUAAACGCAAAUAUUAUUCCUAUGCUCGAUAAAAAUAGCCGCAGUAGUGAGAAAGCCGAAAAGAUUUUAUUGGAGAUCAAGAAGAUUUUAAAAUCAUUAUUACUGGCAUCAGCUCAGGAUGCGGUGAUAGAAUCGCAGUCCUUUGAGGGCAAAAAUGUUUAA